UCCAUAUUUGAUCUUUCUUUGUUGCUGAUUAUCAACUUUUCUUUUACUAGCUGAUUUUUCCUUUUUCAAAACUAAGCAAGUUUGUGUUCACGUCUUCAUCAAUGACAUAAUUGCCCUUAGUUUAUUCCACAUAGUUGUCAUACAAAUUACUUUCGUUUCUAUGUGUUUUAUAUUCACAAUCAUAGAUGAAGUUCAUAACUUAGAUGUUAAAGAAAAAAACAGAGUUCAUAACUUGUGAUUUUGUGCUUUGUCUUAUUUGUUAGAUUACGGAUAGUGAAGUCUCGGAGACUGAAUGAUAUUGUUUCUGGUCAACUUAACCAAUUUCAGAACAUGGCAAACAGAGCAGACAACUCAAUGCGUUGUUCAAAUAGUAAGAAACCGAAUGACGGUAUGAUGCUCGUAAUAUCGAUUUUCGCGGGAAUAGUUAUCGGAUUUUUAUUAGGCAUAUCUUUCCCUACAUUGUCACUAACUAAGAUGAAUUUUCCAUCAAGCAUUCUUCCUUCUGUUGCUACUGUCUACAUAGAAAAUGAGAAACCGGAGAAAUCAUCUAAGACGAGUUCACAAAACGAAAGUGAUGCAUCACAUCAUCAUAAGAUUUGGGUUCCAUCGAAUCCUCGAGGUGCAGAGAUGUUACCUCCAAGUUUUGUUGCAGCCGAAUCGGAUUUUUACUUACGAAGAUUGUGGGGAUUGCCUAAAGAUGAUUUACCAGUGGUGAAGCCUAAGUAUCUUGUUGCUUUUACUGUUUCUUAUGAACAAAGAAAAAACAUCGAUGCUUGUGUCAAAAAAUUCUCAGAUAACUUCACCAUUGUUCUGUUUCAUUACGAUGGAAAAACCUCGGAGUAUGAUGAAUUUGAAUGGUCUAAACGGGCGAUACACGUCAGUGUACCUAAGCAAACCAAGUGGUGGUAUGCUAAAAGGUUUCUGCAUCCUGAUAUCAUAGCACCAUAUGAAUAUAUAUUCAUUUGGGAUGAAGAUCUUGGCGUUGAAAACUUCGACGCAGAAGAGUACAUCAAGAUUGUGAAUAAGCAUGGUCUAGAAAUAUCGCAACCCGCUGUGGAAUCAAGAAAAUCAAUCACAUGGAAGAUAACAAAGAGAAUACCCGGAAUCGAAGUUCACAAAGAAGUCGAAGAGAAACCAGGCCGCUGCAAUGACCCUCACCUACCUCCUUGUGCAGGGUUUAUAGAGAUUAUGGCUCCAGUUUUCUCUAGAGAGGCAUGGCGUUGUGUGUGGCAUAUGAUUCAGAAUGACUUGGUUCACGGUUGGGGUCUUGACUUUGCGCUAAGAAAAUGCGUCGAGCCUGCACAUGAGAAGAUUGGUGUUGUGGAUUCUCAAUGGAUCAUUCAUCAAAAGAUUCCUUCUUUAGGCAGCCAGGGAACCGCGCAGGAAGGGAAAACCGCGUUCCAAGGGGUAAGAGAGAGAUGUAAACGGGAAUGGACAAUGUUUCAGAAAAGAAUGACCCGAUCAGAGCAGAAGUAUCUGAAAGAAAUUGCAUCUGCCUCUUCAAACUCUACACGUACUUAAACCAAAAGAGUAGAGGAACUGAAUAACAACCUUUAGUGUUCAGAUAGCACUUUCAGUAAGAAAAAAAGAGAAAUAGAAUGUUGAUAUGAUAAGCACAUAAGCAAGCAUACACACACAAGACACAUUCUUUGAAAAGAGCAAUAUAGCUCUGUUCUAGAAACAGUUAUACUGUAGUAACAAAACAGUUAAUAAAGUUCUUAAUAAACUCUUCAUUUCUAUAAUAUACAAUUGUCAAUACUAAUCUGUGUUCAUUUCAGAUUGUGGCAAAAUAAUUUGAGAAAUUGUAGUAUGCUCUCAUUACAAUACAUUAUGUUUCUUGGUUCAAAGAAAUGACCAAACCUCACUCUUAUCAUAAUGAGUAAUGACUAUAAGCUUUCAUCUUGAAUAUAAACUCGUUGAUACGCCGUGCAAUGCCAUCCUGCAUCAGCCAAGAUAUCAUCAGAUAGAUAGUGGGUAAUGAGCAUAACGUGUUUUACCCAUCUGAAACCUGUGCACGGAAGCUCUCCAGCUCUUGUUAUCAAGAAGGAACUCAAACGAAUAAAGACUGUUCUUGAGCCGUAGAUGAGGGAUCUGCGUAAUCUCAUUGCACCAUCUCAAAAGGUUUACAGUAUGUCUACUCGGGAUCUCAUCAACAUCAGACAUUAUCAACAAAUCAGCAAGGACAAAUGUCGGAACAAUCACUAACAAGAACACAUAAGACUCCAUAUCUACACCACGUAGAACACAACAAAGCCUAUAGAUACUGAAAACUGUACCAGAAUCCUACAAAAGUCCUAAAACCCUAAACAGAAGCUAGGAACUUGCUCUUGAAUCGAGCUUAGCUUCUCAAAAUUCGAGUGAAAGAUUAAAACUUUAAAGAAGGGUACACGAAAACAAGCAGAUCGGAGAAUCAAACCCUGGCCGGAUAUAUCAUCCAUCAGUCUUCUUAAAACACUAGUGAGUAGUGUCCGUCGUCUUCUUCCUUCAACAGUUCAUCCACCACAUUUCCGUAAACCAGAUAAUUUGGGCUUGACUUAUAUAAGGCCCAUUAACCGCCAAGUCAAAGACUCCAACGACGAUGACCAUGGCUUCAUGGGCUUGUUUAUGCAAUGAAAGAUUGACAUCAAUCAGAUAGCACAGGGCAAGACAACCGUUACAAAAAAAAAACUACGAUUCAAACAUGAACAAACUCAUGAAUCGCUGGUUGAGUUUUAAUAUAUAUAUAUGCUUAACAAAUAAAAAAUCAGGAAAAUGAAAAUUUGAUGUAGAUGUUCGAUUACAAGUUUAUUUCAAUGGAACUUAUUUAUUACUUUUUCAAAAAUAAUACUUUGUCUUUUCUGUUAUGUCUAGGACCUCCGUAAUAUACAAUAUUAUUGACAUGUAUAUCUGAAUAUAUAUUUAUUUUUUUUGUUAAUAAAUAUUUUAUUGCAUCAUUUCAAACAUAUAAUAAUUUUAUGAAGUAAUAGUGAAACAACAUAUCUAACAAAAUCCUAAAAGUUAAAAUUUAUUAUAUAUACAAGAAAAAAUUAUAUAAAAUUAAACAGUUUGGAUUCUCUUUCGAUUUUAAUCUUUGAUCCAAUUAUCUUUUUUUAUUUAAUUAUAGAGAAUCUUAACAUACAGCCUAAAUCAAAAGAUUUCAAAAAAAUUAAAUCAUUUUUUUCAGUUUCAAAUAUUUUAUAGGUGGAACGUAUUUUUAUACGAAAUAAACGUAAAUUUAAAUAAAACGAAAACUUUAGUUACAUAUUUUCUUGUAUACAAACAUAUAUGAUAUCUCAUAUAAUAAUUUUAUACAUAAUAAUUUAUUUCAAUCAUUUUAUCCCGCACAUUAUACAGGUUCUUAUCUAGUCUAUUAUAUAUAAAUGAAAACAAUUUAAUAAAUAUAUAGGAUGAUGGUGAUGGUGGUUGUGAUGAUGGUGGUGGUUGUGAUAUUGAUUAAGCUUUAAGGACGUGGUCCUCCAUAUCAAUAACCAUACUCUUGAGGAGUUGCAUGUAGCUGCUUGGUUCGGGGAAAUCAUCGUUGCGCUUCUCCCAUAUCAUAGUGAUUUUGCAGACGCAAUCUUCUUCAGAGUUGGGAAUAAAUUGGAAGUCAAUCUCAUACACCUUGAACUGCUCCAUCACGUGACCUUCCAAUCCUACAACCUUCACUAUCUUAUUGUCAUCGUCUAUCUCUCUCCUCUCCUUGAAUACCUCCUCCUUUCCAUCUUUACAUACAUGUAAAUCAUUAUUUUUUUCUUUUUUUUUGUUAAAGCGUGUAAAUUAAAUUAUUGUCAUAUUUAUAUAAGACUAUCUACAAUGGCUUAUUGAAAAAAUUUAUUCAAUAGUUGAAUGCUUACAGUGGGGUAUUGAAUAAAGAAAUGAAUCAUAUGUAGAUUAAAUGGUGUUGAAUCGAUUCAACAAUGUUGAAUCUUUAAAAAUGGACCCUUUAUUACCACUUGUUAUUAAAUAAUUGGAGACAGAAAUUGUGGGGGAGAGUUAAAUAAAGAUAGGACAUGUUCUUUUAUUUGCUACUGAAAUUUCUUAUAUUUUCUUUUCCUCUGAAUUAUUGGAGGUCAAUUAUCUUAUAAAAUAUUUAUUUGUUUUAAAUUAUUUUUACACUAAAAUUCAUCAUUUUUUAAACUCUAUAAAUAGAGAUUUGUUUCAUUUGAUUUGAACAUAGAAAAAAAUACAUCUAUUUUCACUAAAAAAUUUUCAUUAGCCGCUAAACUCGUAUCUAUAUCUUUUUUUGCUUUUUCCAGUGAAAUGGAUCCCAAUAAUAACUCAUUUAACCCCUAAAAUUUCAUUACUUAUCCAUUUAAAACAUAAAAGAAAAGAAAAAUAAUGAAAUAAAAAUUUGUGGGGUAGGGUGUUGAAUUUUAUUAAACAAACCAUUGUAGAGUAUAAAAUUUGAGUAGGUAUUGAAUUAUUAUGUGAAAGAGAGAGAAAAUGAUGUGGAAGGGAAAGAAGCUUAUGUGGAGGGUGUUGAAUGGAAAAACCAUUGUUGAUAGCCUAAGUAAAUGAUGCAAUAAAUUUCCAACAUGUCAAUAGUUAGACUUCUCAGGCCACCUCCAUGGGCUAGGUUCUAAAGAAAAUCUCACCUAUUUAGAAAAAAGAAAAAGAGAGGAGAGAAACACAUAAAAAGAAAAGAUCUCAACAAGAAACUUGUAGAAUUUGAUGAGAAAAGGUAUGGAUACAUGUCCUUCACUUAAUGAUAGAUUUUUUGUUUAAAGUAAAAUUUUAAAUACAUACCUAAAUUGAUUGACCAUAAAAAAAAAUACAGACCUAAAUUAUGUUUAAAAUAUUACUAAGAAAUCCAAAUUGGUAUCUUAACACUGAUGGAGAUGGCCUCAUAAGGAUGAAUAUGCAUGAUAUUAUGAUCACAUAUAUAUUUUUUUGCAAAUUAAUGUUGGGUAUCAACCCAUGCCCCAUACUCAAAGUUUAGAUAAUUGUCUAAUAUAUAAAGAAAGGUAUACCUCCGAGUGUGUAGUUCCAAAUCUUGAUGCCUCCUUGAGUGUCCCAUUCGCCAUCGUGAACAGUAACACUUUGGAUGUGGUGGCCGAUAGUGUCAGGGAAGAGAUAGUUCUCGUUCCUGUACCUCUUGAAGUGUUUCUCCACCGUUCCUUUUAACGGCACCUGCGUCACGUAUGUUCCCGACGUCGCCAUUUCUCUCUCUCUUUUUUAAUUUUGUUUAAAAGCUUCCACUCGUGUUUCUUCUUUUGUUUUGUUUUGGUUGAUGAAAUAACACUUGUUGCCUUGGUUUAUAUAGAGAAGAUGACGCUUAAGAAUACUGUUUCUUUUAAUCAUGCUAGAAACUUCUCUUCUUCAUUUUUCAACCUAAAGUAUUUAGUGAGCAUUAAUUUUAC